CAUAGCGUAGUGAGAGUUAUUUCAUACAUUCUGACCAUCUCAUUUUGUCUCUCCCUAGAGAUGGAAAUCGUCAGCGCAGUCAUCAGCAUUGUUUCUUGCUUGUGGGGUCCCACCAACCUACGCAAAUGUUACACCAUCAACCUCCAAGAAAAUGUCGACUUGCUGAAGGAAGCCAUGGACGACUUGAAAUCCAUAAGGAACGACGUGAAGUCAAAGGUCGAUGCUGCCGAACAGAAGCUGCUCAAAUGCACGGAUCAAGUGCAACGGUGGCUACAAAAAGUAGAAACGACCGAAAGACAAGUGAAUGGGACGGAAGUAGAAUUUCGGCAGAUGGCGAGGUGUUUUGGGAAUUGCCGUCCAAAUGGUUGGUCGGGCUACAAGCUUGGGAAGAAGGUGGCGAAGAUGCUGAAAGAUGUAGCUGUGUUGAAAAUUAAAGGCGAGUCCUUCAGUGAAGUGGCAUACAAGCCGCUUCCCGAUGCCAUUGAAGAGAUGGCAAGCACAUCAGCUCUAGGCGUGGACUUGAUGUUCCAGAAGGUUCUAAGUUGGCUUAGUGAAGAUGAAGUGGGAAUUAUUGGAAUAUUUGGAAUGGGGGGAAUCGUUAAGACGACUCUCUUGAAAAAGAUAAACAAUGAAUUCCUUGAAAUAACCAAUGAAUUUGAUUUCGUCAUUUGGGUGGUGGUGUCUAAAGAAUUAAAUGUGGAAAAGAUUCAGAAGGAUAUUGGUAAACGGUUGGGCUUGUCUUGGCCAGAGAAUGAAAGCAAUUACCAGACACGGGCUCAUGACAUUCGCAAGGUCUUGAGCAGGAAGAAAUUCAUGCUACUGUUGGAUGAUAUAUGGGAAAAGUUGGAUCUUGAUAUGGUAGGAAUUCCUCAUCCAAGCAAACGAAAAAACAUGAGUAAGAUCAUCUUCACCACACGAUCUGAGGACAUCUGUUGCCGCAUGUCUGCCAACAAGAAGGUCAGAGUAGAAUGCCUCAUGGAACAAGAAGCAUGGGAUUUAUUCCUUUGGAAUGUUGGUGAAGAAGCCAUGAAUUCUCAUCCGGAGAAACCGAUCCUAGCCAAGCAUAUUGCUAAAGAGUGCAAAGGUCUGCCUCUCGCGCUCAUCACCAUUGGACGGGCCAUGGCGUGCAAGAAGACACCAUUGGAGUGGAAGCAUGCAAUAUCAGUUCUGAGCAUGAGCAAGCCACCAUCAGAGAUAUCAGGUAUGGAUGAUGAUGAUGAUGAUAUGAUUUUGCAUUUGAAGUUCAGCUAUGAUAAUCUUGGUGGAGAACAAAUCAAAUCGUGUUUCCUUUUCUGUUCACUGUUUCCGGAGGACUACUCCAUUGGUGAAGAAGAACUUAUAGAUUACUGGAUAGGUGAAGGAUUUUUAGAUGGGUGGGAUGAUGAUCUUGAUGAAGUUCGUAACAGGGGACAUAAUGUCAUUGGAAUAUUAAAGGUUGCAUGCUUGUUGGAGAGUGGUUCUUAUGGAAUAAAAACAGUGAAGUUGCAUGACGUGAUACGUGAUAUGGCAAUAUGGAUAGCUUCCGAGGGCGGGAAGAAGAAGAGGCAUUUAGUAAAAGUGGGAGAUGGACUGAGACAUGCACCGGAGGUUUAAAAG